CGCACGGAGGAGCCAAGAUGAUCGCGCAGUGGCUGAGCCCGGCGGCCGAGCAGGCCGAGCUGCGGGCCCUCAACGAGCGCCUGCGGGGCUACGUGCGGCGGGUGGGCGAGCUGGAGCGCGAGAACCGGCGCCUGGAGGCCGCGGUGCGCCUGGGCACGAAGGCGCUUGGAGAGGGCGCGCGGGGCUCGCGGUGCGCGCAGGAGGCGCGCGGGCUGCGGCGGCGGCUGGACGAGCUGGGCCAGGCCACGGUGCGCGCGGAGAGCGAGUGCGGGGUGCUGCGGCGGGAGCUGGAGGAGCUGCGGGAGCUGAGCGGGGAGACGCGCGCCGCCCGCGGCCGCCUGGACGCCGAGCUGGGCGCGCAGCGGCGGGAGCUGGCGGACGCGCUGGCCGAGCGCGCCGCCCUCGAGGCCCUGCUGGGCCGCCUGGAGGCCGAGCGGGGUCACCUGGCCGCUUCCCACGAGCACCAGAUGCGGGAGCUGCGGGCGCGCGCCGAGGCGGGCGCCGCCCGACCUCUCCAAGUGCGCUCCGCCGCCGCCGCCGCUCCGUGCGCGUCGCCUCUCCAAGAGGUGCAGGCCGGGUGCGCGCAGCUGGUGGCCGAGGCCUGGGACGAGACGGUGCGGCUGUACGAGGGGCAGGUUUGGGAGCUGAGCGAGGCGCUGCGCCGGGACCAGGAGAGCCGGCGGCAGGCGGAGGAGGAGGCGCGGCGGGGCGCGCGGGAGGCCCAGGCGCUGCGGCAGGAGGUGAUGGAGCUGGAGGGGCUGCAGGUGCGGCUGGAGGAUGAGCUGCGGAGGAUGCACGAGGCCUUCGAGCUGCAGGCCCAGGAGGGACAGAGAGCCAUUGCCUGCCUGGAGGAGGAGAAGGCGGCCCUGACCAUGGCUAUGGCUGAGCGACUGCGGGACUGCCAAGAACUGGUGCAGGUGAAGACAGGCCUCAGCCUGGAAGUGGCCACGUACAGAGCUUUGCUGGAAGGAGAAAACAACACUGACCUGCUGGUCCUGACCGAGCGCCUGGAAAGCUUGCCACUAGAGUUCCGCAAGCCCAUCUACAAACCCAGCUCGGCCAUGAGGCUGCAGGAGAGCGAGCGGAGCUUCCUGUCCAGGCCGAAGGCCCCUCGGAUGAGUUCAACCCCGCACUGGCCAGCUGACACGGUGCCCCGGGCCAGGUGGGGCCUCCUGAGCUCUUUUGGUGCCCCCACAGAUGCUUACAGAAAACCUGGGGUUGAGACCAACCUGUGGCCCUUCCCUCCAGCCCAGGAGCUCCGGAGCCACUCAGUGGCUCUGCAGGAAACCUCGCCCCGGAGACCAGGAGUCCCCCCAGAGUUAGCCCGGGAGACAGGUGGGGCCCGAGAGCCAGUCAAAGACAGGGUCAUCCUCCUGGAAAGGAAAGUGGAAACCCAGGGCCCUGGGGAGUCCGAGUGGAAGGUUCGAGAAGAAAAGGUGUUUGAGUCGAAGGAGAGGGCCUCGGAGGAGCGGAACCUGCGGUGGGAGGAACUGACCAAGCUGGACAAGGCAGCGCGCGAGCGGGAGUGUGGACGGCUGCAGAUGGCCAUGGGGCGGGAGCCCUGGAGGCAGAGGAGCGAAGCAGAAAGGGAGGUGCCCAUCGGCAGCCAGGAGCAGGCCCCCAAGAGCACUGCCCAGAAGCUCCUGAUGAAGUCGGCAGUUGAACCUGGGCCUGCAGCGGCAGACGGCAGGGAGGAGAGAGGGUCCGGGCUAGGCUUUUCUGCGGGGUCUCCGGUGGGAGGUGACCCCACCACUAAGGCCCUGGCCGAGCACAUCGUGACGGGGAUCCUGGAGCAGUUUGCCCGCAGCCCCGAGCCCGGGUCCUCCGCACGCACCGUCCCCGACACCAAAGUCACCUACGUGGGCCGGGAAGAGCGCACAGGCACCGGGCCAGCCCACACGGAGAUUGUGGUCGAGUCCAAGCUGACCGAGGAGGUGGACGUGGCCGACGAGACCAGCCUGGACUCGCUUCUGAGCAGGGACGCGCUGGAGGUGGAGCUGACGGGCCCCUCGGCCCAGCGGCUCAUUGGGGACCUGGUACAGCGCGGCCUGCAGGGCCGGGCCCGGGUGGUCGAUGUGCAGAUCGUGGAGGAGUCGGGGGGCUUCAGCGAGGCCCCUGAAGACACAGAGGCCGGCGCUGCCCAGGAUCAGGUGGACGAGGCCGAGGUCUCAACCCCAGGGUCUGGGGAUGAGGCGGGAGGCCUGUUGUGGGAACAGAAGCAGCAGCAGAGUCUCCCCGGGGAGAAAGGGCAGGUUGGGGAGUGGGUACAGGAAUUCCACUACUUCGUGUCCACGCCAGACGACGACGAGAGCCCCGAUGGCUACUCCCCCUGGAAGGAUGAGCAGGGACUGGGCCAGCGAGGGAAGAAGGAUGAUGCAGGAGCUGAGGCUGGCCUAGGUUCUGGCCCCCGGAAGGAACAUUCUGGAAGCAGCCAGUUCCGAGUGGCUGACCCCAUCCCGGGGGAGAAAUUCAGAGUCAGGUCCGACAUCCACACAUCCCGGCUCGAGGAGGUGCAGGAGCAGCUAGGAGGGAACUUCUCAGAAGGCAUGAAGAGAGAGCUGUCGUCCCAUGCCAGCCAAGCCCGGGGCGAGCUGGGGAGCGUGUCCGUGGACGUGCACAGAGUCCAGCCCGUGAGCAGAGAGGCCACCACCUUUGUGGCCGAGGUCAACCUGUCUCGCACGCUGGAUGCCCACGAGGUGGACCUGGAGACGCUGAGCCGGGAUGAGGAAGGAGAGUUGGAGCGGGUGGUGCAGGCUGCGGUCCGAGAGAGUCUGGCCAGACAGCGGAGCCCGGAGCCCGGCAGCCCCGAGGACACUGAGGCCGGGGACGCCCCUCCGGCCGGGGGGGCUCUGUUCAAGCGCUGGGCCACGCAGGAGCUAUACAGGGCGUCCACAGAGCCGGCCACUGCGAAGGCACCCAGCUGGCCACGCAUCCAGGAAGAGGAGGGACCAGCCGUGAGGCGCAUUGAGAUUGGCCCUGCCGGAGUCUGGAGAACUGAGUCCAGCCCUGGGGCUCUGCAGGUAGACUUGAGGAGCAGAGACACAGCUGGGGCUCAGAGACUGCGGACAAGCACCUCCUUCCCUGCGACCGUGACGGUGGAGGUGCCCGGGACCUGGAGAGACACUGGUGGGGGGCCGGAAGGGGCAGCUGUCAGGGGGUCCCCCCAGUCCCCGGGGGAGCUGGGCAAGGUGCUGACUAAAUCGGUGGAGCUGCAGGGGAAAGAGGGACAGGGAGAUGAAGUUCAGGAGAUGAAGAAAGUUGCGUUCUUGUACUUAGAUAAGCAGGAGGAGGAGGAGGAGGAAGAGGAGGGAGGACACUGGUUUUAAAGGAGAAAGAUUGCACCGUGACUAUCUGAGCUCCGGUCUGUCUGGGGACACACACCCCGAGUCAUUGGGGAGGCGGCCCCGCCUUUUUGCGAAGGUCCUUCUAGGGGGAGUUUGCUUUGCAAUCUGUUAAGCCCCCCCCCAUGUUCCUUCAUGCCUUAAAAGAACGGGAGGGAGACUUCUCUUCAGAGACCUUCAGCGUCCCCCGUUUGGGGCUGGGUUUCUCUCUCCAUUUCUAGGGCUGCUUUUUCGCUUGUUUGCACCCACCCAUGGCCAAGCCUCGUGCGUGCGGAUGUGACACGCGUGAACUCUGUGCUCAGCUGCCUUUCAUGUCACGGAGGAAAGUGUCACAUUCAAGGAAGUUAUAGUUUGCAUGUGACUGCAGAAAAUAGUUACUGGGAGCCAUGGGACAAGCACCCGUUUCUCUCAUCCCACAGUCAGGGAAUGAGAGAAGUAAACCAAAUAUUUAGUCUUAGGGUUUAUUUUUUUAUUUAAAAAAAAUUGGUGAUUUGGGGGCCGGAGAGAUAGCAUGGAGGUAAGGCGUUUGCCUUGCAUGCAGAAGGUCGGUG